AUGCAUAUAAAACUACCAGUAGACUCUCGCGUGUGUAGUGGACCGAUUGGAACCACCAGCCACCGUUGGGUUGUCAGGUUGACGCCUGAGAAGUUAGAUGUGUUCGCGAAGGCCAAAUUGGGAGGGAUCGCCGAUACCACCUUCGUUUCAUUAUGGCCACGAUAUGAUGACAAAAACGAUACGGCCGCGUUCAACACGGACGCAUUUGCCAAGCAAACCAUCCUGAACGCCUCGGCGGCUGGCGUGGAUCUCGGCAAAAUUGUUCUACAAGUGCCUCUUCUGGCUCGAGCUACCUAUGAUUCUGCCGAUGUCGGGUACUCUUUCAUGAUAUACGUAUCCCAUCAGGACCCGCAGGGCAACGGCAGAUACCACAACAAGAAUGGGGACUACUUCUUCUUUUCGCAGCCACGUGCUGUCGACAAGAUCAAGGCUAAUGUUAAGUCUACCGGUUUGGCCACUGUUUGUCAAGAAGCCAGAUGCUCCGACAUUGAGGAGCGCUCGAGCCGAGGCAUUGUUACUAUAAUGCUCAUGGGCAAUGGCACUUGUGUAAGACGCCCAUUUUUUUGCAGCAAGAACAUACCACAACCCCCCCUUCCCAGAAUUGGAUGCCAGUGCCCCUGCCACUGUGAGAGAGACCAUCUCGAAUAUACAUGUCUGCGCUCACCACAUCGACACUGUCGAAAGGCUGCUGUCCUCCGUGAGAGAUCGUUGAGCUGGGUACCGACAGAGUCUUGCCACGACUUUCUCAUAGGAAAGGGCGGUGUUCCUGGUUGGGGAAUGACGGUCGAUAAUUUUGUGGCGAAGUGA